AUGAGCGCCCGCCUGCCCGCCGCCGUGCGCCAGCUCUGCCGCCCGCGCGCGCUCUGUCGCUACGGCAGCUACCCGGGGCCACCGCGCGGCGGGCAGUGGCGGCUGCGGGCUGGCCAGGCCUUCGGCAGUCUCGGCCCGAACAGCCCGGAGCCUCCGGCGCGGGAUUCCAUCGUCAGAGAAGUCAUUCAGAGUUCCAAAGAAGUGCUGAGUUUAUUACAAGAGAAGAACCCCACCUUUAAGCCGGUUCUUGCCAUUAUUCAGGCAGGCAAUGACAAUUUGAUGCAAGAAAUAAAUCAGAAUUUGGCCGAGGAGGCUGGGCUGGACAUCACUCACAUCUGCCUUCCUCCUGACAGUGGAGAGGAUGAGAUAAUACAUCAGAUCCUGAAGGUUAAUGAAGAUAUCAGGGUACAUGGCCUUGCCCUUCAGAUCUCCGAGGACUCAUUUAGCAGCAAAGUUCUCAAUGCCUUGAAGCCAGAAAAAGAUGUGGAUGGAGUGACAGAUGUCAACCUAGGGCGACUGGUACGGGGCCAUGCCCAUGAAUGUUUUGUUUCACCUGUCGCCAGAGCUGCUGUUGAACUUCUGGAAAAAUCAGGGGUGAACUUGGAUGGGAAGAAGACCUUGGUGUUAGGGGCUCAUGGAUCCUUGGAAGCAGCCUUACAAUGCCUGUUCCAGAGGAAAGGGUCCCUGACCAUGAGCUCCCAGUGGAAAACACCUCAGCUCCAAGGCAAGCUCCAGGAGGCUGACGUUGUGAUCUUAGGCUCUCCCAAGCCUGAAGAGAUUCCCGCCACUUGGAUCCAACAAGACACUGUCGUUCUGAAUUGCUUCCAUGACUUCCUUUCAGGGAAGCUCCGGGGUGGUUCUCCCGGCGUCCACGUGAACAGUCUCAUCUCCGAAGAUGACGUCAGACUCCUUGCUGCGGCUCUUCGGAUCCAGAACAUGGUGAGCAGCGGCCGGAGGUGGCUUCGAGAACAGCAACACCGCCGAUGGAGGCUCCACUGCCUGCAGCUGCAGCCUCUGUCCCCGGUCCCCAGUGAUAUUGAGAUCUCCAGAGGACAGACUCCAAAAGCGGUGGAUGUCCUUGCCAAGGAGAUAGGAUUGCUUGCAGAUGAAAUUGAGAUCUAUGGCAAAAGCAAAGCCAAAGUCUGUUUGUCCCUGCUGCAGAGGCUACAGGACCAGAAAAAUGGAAAAUACGUCUUAGUGGCUGGGAUCACACCCACGCCCCUUGGAGAAGGGAAAAGCACCGUCACCGUUGGGCUGGUGCAGGCACUGACCGCCCACCUGAAGGUCAACUCCUUUGCCUGUCUGAGGCAGCCUUCCCAAGGACCCACUUUUGGAGUGAAAGGAGGCGCUGCAGGUGGCGGAUAUGCCCAGGUCAUCCCCAUGGAGGAGUUUAAUCUUCACUUGACCGGGGACAUCCACGCCAUUACUGCGGCCAACAACUUGCUGGCCGCGGCCAUCGAUACGCGGAUUUUUCACGAAAACACCCAGACAGACAAGGCUCUUUAUAAUCGACUGGUUCCCUCAGUGAAUGGUGUCAGAAAGUUUUCAGAAAUUCAACUUUCUCGGCUGAAAAAACUUGGAAUAGACAAGACCGACCCGAGCGCACUGACCGAAGAGGAAGUGACGAGGUUCGCCCGUCUCAACAUCGACCCCGCCACCAUCACCUGGCAGAGAGUAUUGGACACCAACGACCGAUUUCUGCGAAAAAUAACCAUUGGGCAGGGAAGUGCGGAGAAAGGAUGUUCCCGGCAGGCGCAGUUUGACAUCACGGUGGCCAGCGAGAUCAUGGCCGUGCUGGCCCUCACCGACAGCCUCGGCGACAUGAAGGAACGCCUGGGAAGGAUGGUGGUGGCCAGUGACAAAGACGGGCAGCCUGUGACGGCCGAGGACUUGGGGGUGACAGGCGCUUUGACAGUCUUGAUGAAAGAUGCCAUCAAGCCGAAUCUCAUGCAGACCCUGGAAGGCACGCCUGUGUUUGUGCAUGCUGGCCCCUUUGCUAACAUCGCGCAUGGCAAUUCUUCGGUCUUAGCUGAUAAAAUUGCCUUGAAGCUUGUUGGUGAAGAAGGAUUUGUGGUGACCGAAGCUGGCUUUGGGGCUGAUAUUGGGAUGGAGAAAUUCUUCAACAUCAAAUGCCGAGCAUCUGGCCUGGUCCCCAACGCGGUCGUGCUGGUGGCCACCGUACGAGCUCUGAAGAUGCACGGAGGGGGGCCGAGUGUAACUGCUGGAGUCCCUCUAAAGAAAGAAUAUACAGAGGAGAACAUCCAGCUGGUGGCCGACGGCUGCUGUAACUUGCAGAAGCAGAUUCAGAUCGCUCAGCUCUUCGGGGUCCCUGUUGUGGUGGCAUUGAAUGUGUUCAAGACCGACACCCGCGCCGAGAUUGACCUGGUGUGUGAGCUGGCGAAGCGGGCCGGGGCCUUCGAUGCGGUGCCCUGCUACCACUGGUCCGCUGGGGGGAGAGGCUCGGUGGACCUGGCUCGGGCCGUGAGGGAAGCUGCCAACAAAAGAAGCCGAUUCCAGUUCCUCUAUGAUGUCCAGCUUCCAAUUGUGGAAAAGAUAAGAACCAUCGCCCAGGCUGUCUACGGGGCCAAGGACAUUGAACUGUCUGCAGAGGCGCAAUCCAAAAUUGAUCGGUACACACAACAGGGCUUUGGAAACCUGCCCAUUUGCAUGGCCAAGACCCACCUUUCUCUGUCUCAUGAGCCAGACAAAAAAGGAGUGCCCAGGGAUUUCAUCCUGCCCAUCAGUGAUGUCCGGGCCAGCAUCGGUGCUGGGUUCAUUUACCCUUUGGUUGGAACGAUGAGCACAAUGCCAGGCCUGCCCACGCGGCCCUGCUUUUAUGAUAUAGAUCUUGACACGGAGACAGAACAGGUCCAGGGCUUGUUCUGAUGAACCGAGAGACCUUCGUGGGACCUCGGCCAGGCUCCUUGCCUUUUUGCUGCAGUUGGAAAAGAGAGUGAAUUUGAAAUAUUCCUGUUAUGCAAUGUUGGAGAAAUAGCAAAAUCGGCCAAAGAUCUCUUCCUCGCGCAAGAUGAAUUCCGUGUGCAGCAGAGUGGGGGUCAGCUGGGACCUGAACCCCGUCUGAAAGAAACUAAUGUAUUUUCUGCUUCUCAUGAGUUGACAUCAUUUCCCACAGCUUGCGCUUUGGAAUGUUGAUUUGAAGAGGGUGAAGGGAUUGUGAGAGUGUGAACUAAAAGGUGAUAUUUUCCACUACCGAGUUUCA